CACGCCGCUUUGUCUGGGACGGCGCUCACGUGAGCGCGCAGAGUCUACGCGCCGAAGACGUCGUACCGCGCGCGCGCGCAAGCAGGCAGCGCUCGAGCACACGGCGAGUGACUCCAACCUUAAAGCUUCCCGUCCUGAAAACUACACAGCGCUCGGAGGAAAGAAGAAGAAAAAAAACUUCUCAAAGUAACUUUCAUCCUGUUCCCGAUUAUUCUCUUCGAACAGAAUCAAAAUCUGAGUGGAUACCUACCAGCGAAAACAUCUUUCGAAGGUCUUUUAAUGCUUGUUUUGUGGGUUUUCUUUAUCGUGUGUUAGCGCGGGGGCUUUUCGGCAACUAGGGUUAUUUUUCCACGCAAAGGUUUGACCUCGAGAAACUGCCAUUGUUUUAAAACGUGUUUUUAAUUUCCUUAUAGUUUUUAUUUUUUACUUUUAACCUUUUUUUAAAAAAAAAACACGAAACGGACCUUGAAAACUACAGUGUGUGUGAAGUCCGGCGAGUCUCGAAAACUUUGCCUGGCUUUAAAAGUGAAAUCAGCGACACGGCGCAUCUCCAUGUGGAAAUCCGACGCCGGGCUGAAAGAUACCUUUUAACCGAGGCGAAAUCGUAUUUUGUGGUCGGUUUGUGUGUAAUUCAAGCUCCUGGCAGUCGGACACGACGAUGAAGGCGAUUGUUGCGCUUGCAGUUUGUGUAUCCGCAGUGAUUUUUGUCUCUGCCAGCCCGAGUGAACAGAAGUCAAAGAACUGCAAUGAAGUCCGGACGGCGUACAGCUCCAAAGGCUUCAACAGUAACGACGUCCCCAACAAAGGAGUGUAUGAAACCCAUCUAAAGGUGUGCCCUCAAGGUUUCUCUUGCUGCACUCUGGAGAUGGAGGAGAAGCUGAGUCAGCAGAGCCGCAUGGAUCUGAAGGCCCCGAUUUCCCAGCUGAUCGCCAACCUGCAGAGCACCUUCACGCAGAAACACCAACAUUUUGACCAGUUCUUCAAAGAGCUGCUCAACAAUUCAGAGAAGUCGUUGCACAAAAUGUUUGUACUCACCUACGGUGUGAUGUAUAUGAAGAAUGCGGAACUCUUCAAGCAGUUUUUCCAUGACUUGCGACGCUACUACGAAUCGGGCAGCUCUGCCGUGCACCUCGAUAACAUGCUGUCAGAGUUCUGGGCCGAGUUACUUGAGCGGAUGUUCCGCCUGGUCAACGCACAGUUCGAGUUCAGUGAUGCGUACAUGGAAUGCGUGAGUCGGCAUACAGAGGAACUUAUGCCGUUCGGCGAUGUGCCCCGCAAGCUGAAACUGCAGCUGAGCAGAGCCUUCAUUGCUGCCCGUACCUUCACCCUUGGCUUGGCACGAAUACCUGAGGUGGUCAGCAAAGUCUCCACGGUGAGUGCCUCUCCAAGCUGUGUGCGUGCCGCUAUGAAGAUGCUGUACUGCCCAUACUGCACAGGUCAAGUGGCACUGAAGCCCUGUAAAAACUACUGCCUCAACGUGCUGCGUGGCUGCCUGGCAAACCAAGCCGACCUCGACACAGAGUGGAACCACUUCCUGGAUGCCAUGCUGAAUCUGGUUGAGAGACUGGAGGGGCCGUUUAACUUUGAGUCAGUAAUAGAACCUAUUGAUGUGAAAAUCUCUGAGGCCAUCAUGAACAUGCAGGAGAACAGCAUGCAAAUAUCUCAGAAGGUGUUCCAGGGUUGUGGGCAGCCAAGGAACGAAAAACGCUCCAGGCGUUCUACGAAAGACUCUGGAUUCCCUGGACGCUUCCGACCAUACAGUCCAGAUGCCAGACCCACCACUGCAGCUGGCACAAACAUGGACAGACUGGUGACAGAUGUGAAGAAAAAGCUGAAGCAAGCCAAGAAGAUUUGGUCUACUUUACCAGAGACAGUCUGUGUUGGAGAGAGGGUCACUCAGGGUGAUGAGUGCUGGAAUGGCACAGCCAAGAGCAGGUAUGAGUCUGUGGUCUUGGGCAGUGGCUUAGCCAAUCAAGUUUCCAAUCCUCAUGUGGAAGUGGACAUCACCAGGCCAGAUAUGGUGAUUCGCAGACAGAUUGCUGUGCUGAAGGAAAUGACCACAUGGCUGAAAGCAGCUCACGGUGGUUUUGACAUCACAUAUGACAACGAGGAUGGCAGUGGAGAGGGUAGUGGCAGUGGCUGUGAUUCCUCCUCCUGUGAUAACGACAAGGAUAUCUAUUUCUCCACACCAGCGCCUGUUAAACCUCUGGUGAAAACGCAUCCCUCCAGUGGUGUGCGGCAGGCACCGUACGGCCUGGUGCUGACUCUGGCAGGCGCUGCGCUGACCUUCCUAACCUUCCACACCAGAUAAGAGGGCUUCGGAGGCAAAGGACGAGCAUUAUUGCUGAGAAGAAACUGUCAGAGGACUUUUUUUUUUUUUUUUUUUUUUUUUUUUUUUUUUCCUUCCUGAAAUAAAAAAAACCAACAAAAAAAACAAAGAAAAGAGACCGCUUUUAAGACUAUGGUCUGCCAUCUAGGAAAGACUCUCAAGCUAUUAAUCCUCGAAUAACUUCACCCUAAUAUUUUUUUUCUUUUUUAAUACAAAUGGACUCUCAUGUAUAUGGGAUUCUGAAACAGAAACACCUCUCUUUCAUACCAUUCUGGACUUUGUUUCCCAAAAGUCAUUAUCAGUGUUUACAAUAUCAUAUGGACAUAUAUUCUCUUCCAAAAGGAGCUUUACAGGUCGAGAUUUGCUCUAUAUUAGGGGUGUGUGUGCGUGUGUGUGUGUGCGUGUGUGUGUGUGCGUGUGUGUGUGUGCGUGUGUGUGUGUGUGUGUGUGCGUGUGUGUGUGUGUGUGUGUGUGCGUGUGUGUGUGUGCGUGUGUGCGUGUGUGCGUGUGUGUGUGUGUGUGUGUGUGUGUGUGUGUGUGUACACAUGUGCACCUGUGAGUGUGAGAGAGUUGGUGUAAAUGACAUUUUGAUUGAGAGAGCCUUUCCCAAGAUAGCUUCUAACUAAAUUCCUACACCAUGUUUAGACUGAGUGAAGCAAAAUGUAGCAGGUACACAAUCAGCAGACUUAAACACCUGUUUUGUGUGUUUUGCUAACUUGUGGCAUAGAUGUUGGCAAGCCUUAAGACGAAAUCCCUGCACCAAGCUUUUCUGUUCAUAAUGUUAAAAGAUGAGGGACAAGCCACAAAGGACGGUACAGAGUAAAAAUGGCAAGCAUAUGCAGAUGUCAAGUUUUUUUCUAUCAGGGAUCUCAUGCCUUAUCAGAAGAGUGUAUGAAGUGAAUUCGGGGAAAUGGAGCUGAAAACGCUGCAAUGUUUUCUCUUCAUUGAAAUGCCGAUUGUUCAUAAUAGGCCCCUGUACAAAAGGUGGUCAGAUAAUGACCUGUUGUAAGUCAGGAGUGUGCACAGAUGUGACCAUUUAACUUUAUUCAUCUAGCUAUAGCAUGCACACUGCUGCCCAGCAGCUGUUUAGUGCACAGGUGCUUCACAAAGAAGGAAAUCACGUCCACCUGGACAAAAGUGUACAUGCGAGUUGGUCAGAGCAAAGUCGGGAGGCGUGAAAGAAGAAGAAUGAAAUUUAACACAGGGUUUCAUCUGAUGGUUUUUAAUUUUGCUUAAAGUAUAUUCUAAGAUGUAAAUCUAUGUAUUUGGUACUACAGAAAAUUGUUCAGAAUGACCGAUGGUGCUGACUCGAGUGAGAUGGAGUGGUUUCUGUAUGUGUGUAAAUGUUUUAAUUUUUUUUUCCAUUUGUAUCUUUCCGGUCUAACGAAGACCCAUGAGAGUACCCUAUUUAAAUCCUUUUUUUUUUUUUUAUCAUAGUCUCCACAUUACAAAAGAAUCUCAGUUUUUCCUAACAUGAAACCUUGGUACGGUGUUUUAAUGUGUCCCUACAUUGGGAGCAACGGAGCCUCUCACACUUUUAAAAUAAAGAGGCUCUGACAGCUGAUCAUUUUGCAGCUUGUGGGCUGUUUGUUGCUCGACAGGCUACUUGUACAUGGAGGUUUUCAUUCAGAUGACUGACAAGUACAGUGUUAUGUUAGAAAACAGCAGAGGUCCUUGCGUUACACCUUGUGAAAUUAACCCAUCUGUCUCUCAGUGAACUGCUCCCUCCUUGCUCUUGUACAGUAAGUUAUUUAACUGCAUGUCUCUAAGUUCUUUUCCAAACAUGACAUAAUGUCCAGUGCAGUAUUGGAAAAAAAUAUAUAUUUAUAUCUUUAGAUGGUUGCAUUUUAACAGUUUCAUAAAUGACCUGAAUUUAUAUUGGCUUCAAUUUUCAUGUAAAGCUUAUUGUUUAUAAACCA